GCUGAUGUUUGCCUUCUUACCAGGUAACUCCCUUUGCAUGGACAUUCUAUCUGAUCUGUGUUGGUGUUGGUCUCUGGUACUAGGGUCCCAGGUCAAAUCUGUGUAAAUGCUAAAAGUAAUGUGUUUGUAUAAGGUCUUUGAAUUAAAAAAAAUUAUACUUUAUUACUAGUAUUGGUGCCCUGCCAGAAUUGUACUACUGUGUGAAUUCAUUUGUGUGGUUUUCUCAAGUCCUCGCACUGGUGUGAUGUGCCUAUUGGUAUGAAGUUGAAGUAAGCAGAAACACAGCAUCGUGAGAACGGUAGUUCACUGACAGAAGCUGUUGUUCCAGGGCUGAGAUCUCUGAAUAUCUUUUGUUGUUGCCGGCUCAGACAUUUGGGGAGUGUAUGGAACAUGCCUCUGCUGGUUACUCUUAACGACUCAGGAACGUGGGAAGAUUCUCCAGUAGAUACAUUCCUGCAUAGUCCCACUAUGCCGAAAUUCUGGCAGAAAGAAACUAGAUUAUUUUCUUUUAAAAAAAUUUUUGUUUUAAAUAUUUAUUCAUUUUUGAGAGACAGAGCACGAGUGGGGGAGGGGCAGAGAGAGAGGGAGACACAGAAUCCAAAGCAGGCUCCAGGCUCCGAGCUGUCAGCACAGAGCCCGACGCGGGGCUUGAACUCAUGAACCAUCAGAUCAUGACGAGCCGAAGUCAGACACUUAACCAAAGGAGCCACCCAGGAGCCUGAUUAUUUUCUCCUUUUUGAUUUAACCUUUCGGGGAUUUGUUUUUGCACUCUUGAGGCAGGACAGUUUGAAAAGGCACAGCCGUAAGACCGAAGGGGCUGGUGUGCUGGAGAAAUAAGAGUCCUCUGAGCAUAGAGUACUCUAUUAGAUUUGUUGACAAGCUUUUCCCAGACAUUCAUGUGGCUUUUCAAGAUUGGAAUUCACUCUAGGACUAAGGAGACUCAGGUUUUCUUGGGCAGAUUCCUUACUCAUUUAGGUCUUGAUUUACUAGUUUGAUAACUACAUGGGAAGUGACUUGGUAUAGUAGAAAGAGCCUAGGCUAAGAGUGAAGAGACCUGAGUUUCAUCUCCUGCCAUAAUAGCCAAGUCUGCAUUGUCAGUGAACAGAUGACUGCAUCUCUCUGGGACAAAUACGGAGAGUAGUAAUCGAUGAGAUGAUUCUGUUUUCAAAUGGCUAGUUUAUGCUUUUCUUUUUUUCUGGAAUGACUGCUAUGAUUGUCUAAGCCAGGGGCUUAAAACCUUUUUAAGAGAAGAAACUAUAAUUUGCUUCCCCAAAGCUGUAAGCUCCUGUUCCCCUGCAAUAGAGAAAUCUAGGAAGCAGAAGCCUACUGACAACAGGUACUCACAGGUGGGGCUGGGUUUUGUACAGAUGAAAUUCUUUAUUAAAAUCAUUAGAAAGAAGACCAAGUGUUAAUCUUAAAAAUUUUGGAAGUUACUGCUAUUUUAGGGCCCUUAGAAUUGUGUGCUUUGGAGAGUUUCCUUUUCUAGCCCCCUGUCCCCACUUGCACUUAGAGCAAUACUGAUUAAUAUUUGGAAUCACAGAUCUAAAAUGUCCAAGAUUUCUUCAGCUUCAGCAUCCUGUUGCCACUGUACUUGGUGUCCAGGUCCCGUUCCAGAGCAGUUUUGGCUAUUCCAGUUACAAAACGCCAAUACUGCCCCUUCUCUAUUGUGUAACCAAGCUCUUUGCUUCUGAUACUUUGGCCUGGGGGUUGAUCUUCCUUCUAGAAGUGGAGCCCUGGACUGUGGGACCUUCAUAGCAUACUGCUACCUACUGGCUUAUUUCCCUAAUUUCCCUCUGUAAGGUAGACGUGGGACUUUUUUUUGUUUUUAAACCACUAAGACUCUGUUUUGAGAUCCUCAAGGUAGAAGUAUCAGAGAAAUAACUGACUUUAAAAAUACAAUGGUAGACUGUUUCCUUUUGUAAAACAUAGAAGCUCCUGAAGGUUCAAUUUUCUAACAAAGUGUCUCAAAGAAUCUGCUUGCCACUUCACUGUAAUCUACAAUUAGAGCCUGGUUUUCAAGGGGGGAAGACAGUUUUUUGAAAUGUCUCCUUUUUUAAACAAACAAGCACUAGUUUUUAAUAAAGAAGCCUGUGAGAUUCUCCUUCGGGCAGAAAUCCCAUGGGAAGAUUGCCUGAGGACAUGCUUCUGUGUGCUGUCAUGAGUCCCAGCCAAAAUGACUUCCUCACUGAAACAUCAGUGAGUCUUUCUGAACAGCACCCCGUUGUUGAUACGCCUUGGUGUGCCUGACUCACCCGUUCUGGCGCACGGAGAUGGGCAGGUUGGAAAGUGACUGAGGGGAGGGUGUCAGCUGUGGAGUCCCCUCACUUAUAUUUGUAAGCAGAGGGUAUUUAAAGCCGUAACCUCAACAGGGUUCAGUCUUUGAAAGCGUAGCCGUGUGGAGAGGAGUAGCAGACAAGCAGUGGGGCAGUUUCAUUUGGAGUGGAGAGUCUUUCUGGAGGGUGCUUCUGCAUCAGGUGUCUUUUUCCUUGUUUAUCGGCUGCCCCUAGGCAUGAGACAGGAGCCCUGCCACGUGGGGUGGUGUCCUAGCCAGCUCAGGCUGCCGCAGCAAAAUACCGCAGACUAGGGGCUUCAGCAACAGAACUUGAUUUCUCACAGUUCUGAAGGCUAGGAGACUGAGAUCAGGGUGCCGGUGAGGGUUGUCUUCUGGUCUUGGAGACAGCUGCCCUCUUGCUCUCUCCUCAUCUGGCAGAGACAGAGUUCUGGUGUCUCGUCCUCUUCUUAUAAGAGCACCAGUCCCUUUAUAAAAGGCCUCAACUUUGUGACUUCAUCUAAAUCUCAUUAAUCUCCCAAAGGUCCUAUUCCCAAAGGCCCUCACAUUGGGGUUGGGGCUUCAACAUAUGAAUUUUGAGAGGACACAGUUCAGUCCAUAACCAUGGGAAUUAAUGCGGCUUGCCUCUGAAUCCCGGUUGUUAGUUCCUUUUGCAGUGAUAGAAGCACUCCAUCUAGAGGGAGUGUGGUGGUGACAAGUGUUAGAAUGAGAACUCUUCCAGCUGAGCCAGACCUACCUAUAGCUAGUACUUCUCAGAUGUUUCCAGUGAGGUGCCCCCUGCUUCCUUUUACAGCUGUCUUGUAGCCCCUCCCCUCAUGAAGUGUAUAUCGUAUCCUGUAAUGGGGGAGAAACAAAAACAAGCAAGCAAAUUAUUACAAAGUAUGGAGAAAACAAGGAAUGAGCCAGAAUAAGAGGGGGAGAGCUACUUUAAACAGAAGGCAACUUUUUUUUUUUUUUGCUGAGAUUUGAAGGAUGAAGAGUGGAAAGGGCGAGGCCAGCAUAUGCAGAGGCCCUGGGGCAGCAAAGAAUAGCACACGUAAGAGGACCCGAAAGUGGACCUUGGUGGACAGACAUAGUAUGCUGAGCAAGGAGCAGAGUGGCCCAGGUGGAGCUGAGAUGUAAACAGGAGCUGACUCGUUCACGCUCCAGCAUCUGAGAGAUUUUGAGAUUUUAAGCAGAGGAAUAUGAUCCAAUUUACAUUUUAAAGAACACUUUUGCUGCUACUCAGGAAGUGGAUUGAAGAAGGCAAGAAGACAAAGCCGAGAGAAGAGCUAGGCCCUCACAUGGUAUGGGUGAGGGGAUGUAAUGACUCGGACUAGAGUCCUAGGAGGAGAGGUAAAGGGAAACGGAAGAAUUUGAGCUGAAAUUCUGAUAAAAUCAGCAGGACUUCUUGAUGGAUUGGCUGUGGGAGGGUCAGAGGGCCGGUCAAGGCUGACUUAUGCUUCAGUUUGACAGCUGGGUAGAUAGAGGGCCCGUUCCCUAAAAUGGACAAUAAAUAUUUGGAAGAAGUUUAAUUUUUUUAUUUCUUUACACAUUUCAGUGGUGGUAUCAUGUAAUUAGUUGUUAUGAGAGUUUGAUGUUUAAAGUAGAGUGCUUGACAUCCCGUAAACGACAGCACAGUCCUUCCUUUUGUUCCGUUAAUUCUACUCUCAUCCUUCAUUUGUUCUUGCAGCAAAUACUUAUGGAUUUCCUACUCUGUGCCUGGCAUUGUUUUAGAUGCUGGGGACACAUGAGUGAAUAAAACAGACACAAAUCCCGCUCUUGAUGGAGAUCAAAUCCAAAUGAGGGAAGACAUAUUUAAAAUGCCAAAUAACAUAAUAUAGAAUGUUAGAAGAUGGUUACUGCUACUGAAGCAAAAUUAUAGCAUGGUAAGGAGGGUCAGGUGGGAGUUAUAACUAGGUCCAUAAGGGUAGACCUCAUGGAGAAGGUAGCAUUAGAACAAAGACUUGAUUGGGUACAGAAGUGAACCAAGGGAUAGCUAAGUAAAAGAACAUUCCAAACUGAGAAUAACCAGUGCAAAGGUCUGGAGGUGGGAGUGUGCUUGGGACAGUCAAGGGGUAAUGAGGAAUGAGAGUGAACAAAGGAGAAUGUUCUAGGAAAGGGGGUUGGACAAAUAAUGGACGGAAAUGUGUCAUACACAUAAGACUUUCAGGCUGUCGUGGGGACUUUUUCACAUUUUUUGAGUGCAAUGACUGGCCAUUUAGGUUUCUGAGAAGAGUGUAUAAGAAGACAAGUGUAAGAGUGAGGAGACCAGCUAAGAAGUGGUAGCAAUAAUCUAGACAAGAAAUGGUGACUUGGGUUAGGGUGUUAGCAGAAAGUUAACAACUGGAUGGAUUGAAUGGGGCCAGUGGGAUUUGCCCAUGAUGUGGAUGUGGAGUGUGAUAAGAGAGAAGAGUCAAGGGCAGUCCUAAGGAUUUUUAGCCUGGGCAUUUGAAGGAAUAGUGUUGCCAUUAACUGAGAUGGGUAAGAAAGGCUGUGGGUGGUCAAGGUCGGCAAAGUUCAGGAGAGAUGAGAAAUUCAGUUUGAAACACAUUACAUUUGAAACACACAUUGGGACAUCCAGGUGGAGUUGUGUCUGGAGUUCCAGAGAGACCUGCACGCCUGAGACAGUUGUCUAGACAGCCAUAUGGGAGUGAUUAGCAUCAUGGAUUCCCUGGGUGAGAUGACCAGGGAAGUGAGUGAAGAUAGAAGAAGGUAAGUCUGGGACAUAGCUUUGUUUGGGGAUCAGGGAGAGAGGGAGAAACAGCAAAAAAACUAGAAGAGGCAUAUCUGUGGAGGUGGGUGGGGGAAGACAGGAGAAUGAGGCAUCUUAGAAGCCACCAGACUUGAAAGUGUUUCUGGGAGGGGAGGAAAUAAUCAGCCAGGUCCUACUCAAGGAAGAGGUCAAGUCAUUUGAGGACUUAGAAUUGUCCUUAGGUUGAGUGAAGAGUAUUUUAUUUUCAAUGAGUGAUAAGGACGAAAGUGUAUUUGGAAUGGUUUCAAGACAGUGGGAAGAGAGGAGUUGAAGACAGGAAGUAUAAACAGUGCAUUGCCGUUUUUGAAGAGUUUUGCUGUAAAAGAGAGCAGAGGAACCAAGCACUGAGUGGAGGGGAAUGUAGAUUUGAGAGGUUUGUUUUUUUAAGAUGGCAGAUUUUAUAGCAUAUUCAUGCUGCUGGGAAUGAUCUAGAGGGAAGACUUGAUGUGGAUAGAGAGGAAGGAUUGUUAGAGCUUGUCCUCGAGGGGUAAGAAAGGGAGAGGGCUGGCCACGGACGAGAGCACUGACCAUUUAUCCCAAGGAGCAGGAAGGAGUAUGUGAUUACAGACGCUGGCGGAUGGGUAGACGUGGGAACCGGUAGAAGUUCUGAUUGCUUUAUCGCUUAGAUAAAAUAACCGAGGGGGAGCAGAACAGGCCAUUGAACAUCCUGGCGGUGAUUAUGAAUGUACGAUUGUCUACAUUGUAGUCUUUGCCAGGUGUUCUAGGAAGUUGAAUCUUCCGCCUUCUGGAGUUGUGCUAGGGGAACACCUUAAUUCUUAAUCAGCCUGUGCUGAUUCCCCAGCAAACGCACAGCUCUUGGGACAGGUCCUUCAAAAGACUAAUUUUUAAACACUGUUUCUAAAAUACCCUCUAGUCAGACGGAAGCUAAUCGUGGCAUCUGUUUAAUGUAUAAUAACAUUAUAAGUCACGGCCUUUUUUGGUUACUUUAAAUCAAAGUAGAGAUGUUCAAGUACACAUUUUUGCACUUAAAAUUGGAGUGUUCUGGUUUUCAGAACUUCAGGAUUAGCCCACACCCAUUUACAAAAGGGGAACAAAUUUCAGUUUUAGAAUUUUCCACAGGUAGGAGAGUUGAUAAAUGUUAGAUAAGGAUUUAAGACUCAACUUGUCUUCUCUGUUAACGAGUCCUAGAGCACAGUUGAUUUUCCCACUACAUUCUCCCUGUAGAAUCUUAUUGUCCAAUACAUUUUUUUGCUUUUCAGUUUCUACCCUAUCAAUCACACAUGAAAUUCCAAGUGAUGGCUUAUGGCUCAGACCCUUUGUUUUAGAAAACACUCAGGGACAGAGAUACACAACCAGGCUACCCUUGCCACUCCAGAGCCACUUGCCUCUGAACUUAAUCCUUGAUCACUUCUGUAUUCGUUGGGCCUCGGUUUCUUCUCUGUGAAAGAGGCAGAGACAAGAUCACUGUUCCUAAAAGUCACAGGUUGACAAAAGUCACUUUUGUCCAAGUAACCUGGGAAGAAGCUUACUAAAAAAAAUAGAUUCCUCUGCCUCAUACCAGCCUCACCUAAUCUCAGGAGGUUGGGAAUAGAGUGGUGGAUCUCCAUUUUUAAAAAAGAGAAAAUAUCCCUAGCUAAAUUUGGAAAUCCUGGAUCCCUCCAGAAUCUUUUGGCUUUUCUUACUGCACAAUCUGUGACUUCACUUUGUUAUCGUGGUCUGUUAGGUGAGUGUGUAAUGCUCAAAGCUAGACUCCUAAACUGUUGUUAAGGAAGAAGGAUGACUGCUCGGUGUUCUCUUAACUGCUUCUUUGUAGAAACAGCUACCUUUUACUCUGCUUAGUCAGGAGUGGCCUGCUGUCUGAGGAAAUGUGUAUGGCUGACACCCUUGAAAGCGUUUUAGGGGUGGGGUGUUGGUUGUCUCAGAUUCUUCAAACAAACUAUCUAACCUUCAAACCAACCCAGUUAGGUUGGCACUGCUAUUAUCCCCAUUUUACAGAUGAGGAAACUGAAGCUCAGAAAAUCACCUAGUAAUUUACCUAAGAUCACACAGCCAAUAAAUGAUGGAGCAGUGAUUGAAACCCAAGAUUUUGUCUCUAAAGUCUGUGUUCUUUCUCCUCUGCCAUGCUGGUCCUAUCCUUCCCCUAAAGCUGGGGCAACUCUGGUCGUGUACAAGGACCUGCUGGUGCUGUUUGGUGGCUGGACGCGGCCAAGCCCUUAUCCCCUACACCAACCAGAGAGAUUCUUUGAUGAAAUACAUACUUACUCUCCCUCUAAAAACUGGUGGAACUGCAUUGUGACAACCCAUGGGCCACCUCCCAUGGCUGGCCAUUCCUCCUGUGUGAUAGAUGAUAAAAUGAUUGUCUUUGGUGGCUCCUUAGGAUCCCGGCAAAUGAGCAACGAUGUCUGGGUCCUUGACCUCGAGCAGUGGGCGUGGUCCAAGCCGAACAUCUCCGGCCCCAGUCCUCAUCCUCGAGGUGGCCAAUCUCAGAUUGUCAUAGAUGAUGCAACUAUCUUAAUCCUUGGAGGGUGUGGCGGUCCCAACGCUCUCUUCAAGGAUGCUUGGUUGUUGCACAUGCAUUCAGGCCCCUGGGCCUGGCAGCCACUCAAGGUAGAAAAUGAAGAUCAUGGGGCUCCAGAACUGUGGUGCCAUCCAGCUUGCCGGGUGGGGCAGUGCGUGGUGGUCUUCAGUCAGGCUCCUAGCGGGAGAGCCCCACUCAGCCCAAGUCUGAACUCUCGCCCGUCACCUAUCAGCGCCACUCCUCCAGCCCUGGUUCCCGAAACCCGAGAGUACCGCUCUCAGUCUCCAGUAAGGAGUAUGGAUGAAGCUCCUUGUGUUAACGGCCGCUGGGGAACACUGAGGCCCAGAGCUCAAAGGCAGACCCCCUCAAGUUCCCGGGAAGGGAGCCUGUCCCCAGCCAGAGGAGAUGGCUCCCCCAUCCUCAACGGUGGGACUUUGUCUCCAGGAGCAGCAGUGAUUGGCGGCUCUUCCUUGGACAGCCCUGUGCAGGCCGUGUCUCCUAGCACCCCGUCUACCACUGACGGACAUGACCUCAAAAUGGGACUUUCUUUGGCCCCCCGGCGAGGGUCACUCCCAGAUCAGAAAGAUCUGAGGUUAGGAUCAAUAGAUCUGAAUUGGGAUCUGAAACCCACUCCGAGUAGCAAUCAUAUGGAUGGUGUGGACAACAGGACAGUUGGGGGAAGCACGAGACACCCUCCCGAACAGACGAAUGGUGUGCAUACCCCACCGCACGUGGCCAGUGCCCUUGCAGGGGCUGUCUCCCCAGGUGCCCUGCGUCGGAGCCUAGAAGCCAUCAAAGCAAUGUCAUCCAAAGGCCCCUCAGCGUCCACAGCACUAAGUCCUCCUCUGGGGUCUUCUCCAGGCUCCCCCGGGAGCCAGAACCUGAGCAGUGGAGAAACCGUGCCCGUCCCUCGCGCAGGGCCCGCCCAAGGAGAUGGGCAUUCCUUACCUCCCAUUGCCCGCCGCCUGGGCCACCACCCUCCGCAGUCCCUGAAUGUUGGCAAACCUUUGUACCAGAGUAUGAACUGCAAGCCCAUGCAGAUGUACGUGCUAGACAUUAAAGACACCAAGGAGAAGGGGCGGGUCAAAUGGAAAGUAUUUAAUAGCAGUUCUGUGGUCGGACCUCCUGAAACCAGCCUGCACACAGUGGUACAAGGCAGGGGCGAACUCAUCAUAUUUGGAGGACUCAUGGACAAGAAACAGAAUGUGAAGUACUAUCCAAAAACAAACGCCUUGUACUUUGUGCGAGCAAAGAGAUAAUAUGUUCUAAACCCCCUUCCCUUUCUGUGGCUUUUAAUUUUCCAGUGUGCAAGCAUUUGGACUGCGAAUUGGGAAAACAAAGGACAGAAUUACCCCAUAAACCAAACCCCCAGUUCCCAACCUCACUCACUGCAGGCUGGGGUCAAACCUCCAUUACGAAAAAAAUGAUAUAUAAAUAUAUAAAUAUAUAUUAUAUAGCCGACUGUGUUUACAGAGAGGGAGAGGUCUCCGUCCUGGUUCAGAUCAAAUUGUUGCUGUGUUUUAGCAGAGGCUCGGCUGCCUUUUUCUACGUUGCUGGUAACUAGACCAAGAGUUUAGGGAACAGACUAAUGUCAGAACGCAACCUAGGGCAACUGAAGAGCCCCCAUAAGUCCUUACGUGGCCUUCUUGGAGUUAGAGAAAGAAAGCGCGUGUGUCAGGUGCACAGGUGGAGGCUCCAGACCCACGAGCUCCAGGAGCUGGCAGAGGGAAAGGAGCCUGUAGAGAACUGUUCCUCCCUUCCCUUGAAAAGCACAGAGGACCCGAGCGGUAAAGCCCUCUGCCUGGCCCCGUUCUGCCCUCGUGACUGAGGAAAGUUACCCAGCCGGGAAUUCUUUUCCACACGUGUGUGCCAGGAUCACCGUGAGACGAUGUUUAUGCAGACACGCCUGUCUACCUCGUGUCCACUGGUCUUUUGCGUGCUCCCUCUGUGUCUCAGAAAAAACAUUUUGGUGUCUGAUUUUGGAAUUUUCUGACAAUCGUAUUUGAUUGCAAGUUGCCAAAAACCACAUUUGUUCCCUUAAAACUUGAUCCUCAGAGGCUGCCUUUUUCUUUUCUUUUUUUUUUGGGGGGGGUGGGGGGGGCAUAUGUGGAUUUUUUUUUUUUAAGCCCUAAAAGCUUUCUCAUUUUCUGUUUCUCUUACAAAGCUAAGGUGCCCAGGGAAAUCUCUUAGAGAUAUUUCUUUUCUGGAACCCUUUCUCCGGUACCACUUAGGAGGCUGGUAGGGAAUUCCAAGAUGCCAGUAUCAUGAGAAAUCCUUGAAGCAUCAAAAAAUACUGUUUUUUCCCUUUGGGGCUUGUUUUUACUUCCAGAGCACAUGGGGCCCACCCGUCCAUAUUCAUGCAAUGUGGAAAUUGAUCCUGGAAGGAAAUCCUAGUGAUAGCUCCUUCUAGAAAUGAUUUUUGCCCUUGUCCUGACAUGCGUUUUUCUGCCUGGCUGUUGAGUGGUGGUUGGGUUGAGCAUCACGUGCUUAGCGUCUUUGCAAGGCUGACCUCGGGAGCAGCCCCUCCUUUGUGAUUGUGCUGUUCACGUAUGACACAAAUAAGGUUUGGGUUUUUACUUCACGCCAUUUCUGAGAUAAAGUGCAACCAGCUGGAGCAUGUCUUUGGUUGACAUAGGAAGUUACAAGUUUACCAAUCUUCUUGGAAGUUACCAGUCUCUAAACCAUGGUCUGGACGUAGGAGAUGUUAGAAUAAAGUCAAAUGUCACCACUUCAAUGUGGAUUCUUGGUGAUUUCUCAUCAGUGCAAAGAGGAUUUUUACUUUGCCCUUAGGAUUUGAAUUUCAAAACAUUGCAUUUCCCAUCUUUCACACUCCCCUUUUUCUCGUUCGCAUUUCCCAAGCACAAGCCUGCUACAGCUGGCCCUGGGUCCUGGCUCUCGGCCAGCACUUAGCAGUCUGUCCGAUAAGUGUGUUUUCUCCUAUUACAUCAUGUUGAAUUCUUUCCCCUGGCCAUUAGCUUUUACAAUGUGGUCUUGGUGGGAAAGCCCUGUGGUGCCAAGCGCAGGAAGGGGCCAGCUCGCAGGGAGAGGUCUGUGUUCUAGAAACUGUUCCAUGUGCUCCCUUAGAUGAGGAAACUACCAAGCCUGCUUGCUGUGGUGUGCACCUACUCACAGCUCAGCACUUAGCUUUCCAGACUCCUCGCUCUUGGGCUGUUGCCGGUCCUUCUUUGGCAAAGACUGUUAGACCACGUGGGGUCCUUAUCCACAAGAUAAAGCAGCCUGUGAGAUUAGAUACUACACUAUUGCUAUUGCUGAACCUUGUUUAUGACGUUGCACUUGCGCAUGGACAGCAUCUCCUAACUCAGUUCCUAUUGAAAUAUAAAGUAUUUGGAAGCCUGAAAGUUCAGACUCUCAACUUGGUGAUCAUUCCCUUUGUCCUGUGGCCUCCCUAAGCCAGCUGUUAGCUUGUGGAUUCCCUCCGUUUUCCCCAAACAGGGAGGCAGUGGAGAUGAUGAUGCUCUUAGAAAGUAACCAGCUCCUCGGCACUCCGUGGCAUCCAGUAUUGUCUACACCGCUCCGAACCGGGCUGUUGACAGCUCCUUAAGAAAAAUUUGCCUCAUCCGCACCCGGUGGUGUUGGUCUCGGUGGCUCCUGGGCACUGUGGGCAGAUACCUUAGGAGAGCGACUCGACACAGUCAAGGCGAUUGUGUCCUCAGGCCCUUGUGAAGCCACACGCGCGCGCGCGCUGGGACUCCAGGCGUCUCGGCUGCAGAGAGCGUUCUGCCAGCCGCCCCCCCCCCCCCGGGGUGCUUCCGCCAGGUCACAUCUAACCACAACUCUGGUUUUUGACAUGACGCCAGUUUUGUCUUAAAAUUCACUGAGAAAAAGGAGACAAUUUCUUAAGCCUUCAGGACCACCUAAAUUAGCAACUAUUUAUCAGUAUUUAAGUUAUUUAAAAUACAUUUUGUUUCUACUUGAAGCUUUAACCCCUUCCAUUCCUGCACGUGUGCCUUUGUGAGCCCCAUGUCCUGUCCGCUUCAUCGGCCACCCUGCUGAGACUCUCACGUGAGAGUCUUGGUGUCUUCCUUCCCUCUUGGACGGAGCUUCCCUUUCCUCACUUUACAGGCUGGGCAGCAGAGAGGGUUCUGUGUUUUCGCUCACAUUUCUACUAACGUGGAUGGUGGGCUGCACAAACACCCCUUCAUCCCCCCCAAAUAGUAUAUUUUAGGAGCACAAAUGAGGUGUUGAAACAAGCUUAAAUUUAGUUGUAAUACUAGGCUCACUCUCCUUCCAGCCUUCUACGGAUUGAUCUGAUUUUAAUGUUUGAGUUCUGUAUCAAGAGCUAAAACCAUGAACUAUCCUAGGAACUGUGUUGGAACUCUUUAGAGAAAAGAAGAAGAGGAGGAUGAAAGAAAACCAGCUUGAGAAGUCUUGACUUUGGAGAACAGAAAGCCACCAGCUGUUGGAGAACAGAGGGAUACUUCUUGCCCUCUGACUUUAUCUUUCUGUGUUUCCGCCUGCUUUGCUCUUUCCUUCCCCGUAAAAGUGAUGUUCCUGGUGGGUUUGUCUGUCUGUCCUUGUCCUUGUGGUGAUCCUGGCAUGGUGAUGUGCUCUGCUUUGCGUUGUCUGUGCUCUCUUACCAGUGCACGAGUCAGUGGGGAGGAUCUGAAUACCCCCAGGGGCAAGGAAGCCGAACUCUGAGGCCUGCAUCCCGUGCAGCCUCCCCGCGAAGUGCAGAAGGCAUGUUCUGCACGGUCACCAGUAAGUGGCUCCCUCUCACUCUGUCCCUUGUCAAAUGAGAGCAACCCCUAGGUGUUAACUCCACCCCUGCUCUCUUUCCUUCGCUCUGCUCCCCUCCCACCAACCAGGGUACAUGUCAGCGCACACCCAUCGUGCCCUGGCGAAGCUGGUGCUGUGAGUGAGGUUUCCCUGCAACUCAGGGGUCCCAGGUGGCUUCCCCUGAGAUGGUCAUCUUAGGCACGUAACAGUGUAGGAAUGAAAAGUGGACUUCACUAAUAUCUUAAUCUCUGUUUCAUUUUUUGUUAAGGUUUUCCCUGAUGACUUUUUAGCAAUUUAACAAAUAAAACAAAAUGGACAGAA